AAUAAAUCAGCUCUCUCUCAACAUUCAACAAACAGCCACACUUCCACUCUGAUCACAUUUUGUUACAUAAAAACCCUCUUAAACUGUCUCUCUUUCUUUCAUCACCGUAUAGUUACUUUGAGUCGGUUUUCACUAUUACAUUUAGGCGAUCAUCUAAAUCUCAAAUCAGCUCAUCUUUAUCUAUAUAAAAUAUUAGAAUUUUCAGUUUAUUGUAAUAAAUUAUACUAUAAUUCUGUUUGAGUAUUUAUUAUAUUUGGGGUGCAUUUGGAUGGCUGGUGAUGCACAAGUAUGUGGUGGGGAAACAAGAGUGAUUAAAUCACUGUCAUCAAACAGUGAUACUGAUGAACAAAAUGUGAAUUCUGAGAAAUCAAAUGCUAAAUCUGGUGAUUAUAAAGUGGAAGAUAUUAUUGUUGACAUGAUGUUGAACAAACUCAAGUUGAAUCCAAUGGCUAAGGAAUUUGUUCCUUCUUAUUCUUAUAAUAAUCUCAACAAUUUUGUGCCUGUUAUCAAGACUCUUGAUGCUAAUGCAAAGAGAGGUAACAGCUAUAACCAGGGCAGAAGGAGAAUGAACAAUAGAGCUUUUAAGGCUCAAAGAGAAGAUAGCAUUAGGAGAACAGUAUAUGUUUCUGACAUUGAUCAGAAUAUCACAGAAGAGCAUCUUGCUGCAUUAUUUAGCGCUUAUGGACAAGUUGUUGACUGCAGAGUUUGUGGUGAUCCACACUCCCGCCUUCGCUUUGCCUUUGUGGAAUUCGCUGAUGAAUAUUCAGCAAGAGCAUCACUUAGCCUUUGUGGGACAAUAUUAGGAUUCUCUCCACUGAAGGUCCUACCAUCAAAAACUGCUAUUCUACCUGUGAAUCCUACAUUCCUUCCUAGGUCAGAGGAUGAGCGUGAGAUGUGUGCCAGGACAGUCUACUGCACAAAUAUUGAUAAGAAGGUUUCUCAAGCUGAUGUUAAGAAUUUCUUUGAAACAAGAUGUGGUGAGGUGUCUCGCCUGAGGCUUUUGGGAGAUCAAGUGCAUUCUACCCGUAUUGCUUUUGUUGAAUUUGUUAUGGCUGAAAGUGCAAUUUUGGCAUUGGACUGUUGCGGACAGAUUUUGGGGUCUCAACGCAUCAGGGUGAGUCCUUCAAAGACACCUGUGAGGCCACGAGUUCCUCGUCCGAUGAUGCAUUAGCCAAUCCUUUUGUUGUUGCUAUCAAAGUCUGGAAAGAGUUGAGCGCAAGUCCUCUUGGAAGUCUUGAGGUCACGAUGGGAACCCGAAACAAACGUCUGUUUCAGUAAUUUCCAUCUUUUUUUCCCACUUCCUUUCAGCCCGCGGUAACUCUUUAUCACUACUGAAAAUGACUGUUGACCCUGCUUUAGCUGAAGUUUUAACAGAAAUGUCACAACAUUUUAGUAGUUCCAUACUUCCCUUUUAUUAAUCACUCGCUGGUUGAUGUUUGAUGGUA